UAUAAAAGGGGUGUGUCUCGUGGUGACCGAAUCAGUUCCAUAGCAGCUAUCCAGCAUCCACUCUAAGGCACCAUCAACAUGAACGCCAUAUUACUCUUUACCAUCCUCUCUCUGGUUUCGCCAAUUUUUAGCGAAGAACCAUUGCAAAUUAAAAAACACGAAAAAAGGGGUAUCUUCGGUCUCGGAUAUGGUGGUGGUUAUUACGGUGGAGGAAUUGGAGGACUCGGAGGAGGAUAUGGUCAUGGUGGAUAUGUAGGAAACUCAGUGGGUUACUCGUUAGGCCAUAGUUACGGAGCUGCUCCCCUUGUUUCUUCUCAUGGAUACAACAGUGCACCGAUCCCCUUAUCUCAUGGAUACAAUUCUCCUACCUAUUCCUCAUCGUAUCUUGACCAUUCCGGUAUAGCACUUGGACAUGGGUUCGGUGGUCAUGGUGGUUUUGGUUACCACGGACUAUAAGGAAACUUGGCAUUACUUUUUAUCAAUGUUUCAUCCACGUUGAUACGACUUAGGUUUCUAACAUAUUUUCUAGAAAAUAACUCAAUCAUUGUAGUCAUU